AUGGAAGUGAAAAAUGUUCUAUGUGAUCUCGGUGCCAGCAUCAACGUGAUGCCACUAUUUAUGAUGAAGAAACUGGGGAUCACUGAAGUAAGGCCAACCAAGACAAUAGUUCAACUGGCUGACCGCUCUACAAAGCAAGCUUAUGGCAUUAUUGAGGACAUACUGGUAAAAAUUGACAAAUUCAUCAUUCCUGUUGAUUUUGUCAUCCUUGAUAUAGAGAAAAAUUCUACUAUUCCUAUGAUCUUCGAAAGACCUUUCUUGGCAACCUCAGGAGCGCUGAUUGAUGUAUCGAAAGACACUACACAGGAUGCUGAUAGAAAUGAUAUUGCACCCACUACUGAAAUUGAUGAGGAUUGA